AAUGACUGCAAACUCUUCUUUUUUUCUUUCCCCCUCCGUGAAGUACUUUUCUGGAUAUCUGUUGGUUCUUCUCCCAGCACCCUGUUAGGGAAACUAUCAGAUGUGUUCGUUUUUGUGUACGGAAGUGAUCAGCAGGUUGUAAGGUCAGGGGGUAAAGGCUAGACCUCUUUCGAUUGAGAAUACUCACAGCCAUCUUGGAUCUAACGAAGCGAAGGGAAAUUGAUGCGGUGACAAAAGGCAUGUUUGGUGCUAGAAAGAAAUUUGUAGAGUUCGUUGACGUUGUCGAUAACGACUUUACCGAUGAAAGCAUGUACUACAACCAGCCGACGAUGUUUCCACAUCGGUCGGAUAAAGAUAUGCUGUCCUCUCCCUCACCAUCGUCAUCGGGUCAGCUGUCGCAGCUCGGUGCGAGUUUAUAUGGUCCACAAAGUGCACUCGGCUUCUCAGUAAGAGGCAUGGGAAACAACACACCUCAGUUAAACCGAAGUCUAACGCAAGGGUCGCAGCUACCAAGUCAUAUCACCCCCACAACAGGAGUCCCCACCAUGUCUCUCCAUACCCCACCAUCACCAAGCAGGGGGACGUUACCGAUGAAUUCGAGGAACGUGCUGAAUCACUCUCAGGUCGGUCAAGGCAUUGGGAUAAGCGGCAGGACCAACAGCAUGGGCAGCUCGGGGCUGGGAAGCCCCAACCGUAGCUCACCCAGUAUCAUCUGUAUGCCCAAACAGCAGCCAGCACGCCAGCCCUUUACCAUAAACAGCAUGUCAGGAUUUGGGAUGAACCGCAAUCAAGCUUUCAUGAACAACUCAUUAUCAAGCAACAUCUUCAACGGCACAGAUGGGAGUGAAAAUGUAACAGGACUGGAUUUGUCAGACUUCCCUGCAUUAGCAGAUAGGAGUCGGAGAGAAGGGACCGGAAACCCUACACCAGUUCUCAACCCACUGACUGGACGAGCGCCUUAUGUUGGCAUGGUGACAAAGCCAUCAACUGAGCAGACACAGGAUUUCUCCAUCCACAAUGAGGACUUCCCUGCACUGCCUGGGCCAAACUAUAAGGAUCCCACGUUGAACAACGAUGACAGCAAAACUAACUUGAACUCCACAAACAAGAGCACAUCCAAUGCAGAUGGGCCCAAGUUUCCCGGAGACAAGACGGCCUCAGCACAGAACAACAACCAGAAGAAAGGGAUUCAGGUGUUGCCUGAUGGUCGGGUGACGAACAUUCCCGCAGGAAUGGUGACGGAUCAAUUUGGCAUGAUUGGCCUACUGACGUUUAUCCGGGCAGCAGAGACUGAUCCGGGGAUGGUCCAUCUGGCGUUAGGAAGUGACCUCACAACACUGGGACUCAACUUAAACUCACCAGAAAACUUGUACCCCAAGUUUGCCUCUCCUUGGGCUUCCGCACCUUGUCGACCUCAAGACAUCGACUUCCAUGUUCCAUCGGAGUAUUUAACAAAUAUCCACAUAAGGGACAAGUUGGCUGCCAUCAAACUGUCUCGAUACGGUGAAGACCUGUUGUUCUACCUGUACUACAUGAAUGGAGGAGAUCUGCUACAGCUUCUGGCAGCAGUGGAGCUCUUUAACCGGGACUGGAGGUACCACAAAGAGGAACGGGUUUGGAUAACUAGGGCACCUGGCAUGGAGCCUACACUGAAGACUAACACCUAUGAGAGGGGUACCUACUACUUUUUUGAUUGUCUUAACUGGAGGAAAGUAGCCAAGGAAUUUCAUCUGGAGUACGACAAGCUGGAAGAGAGGCCUCACGUGCCAACAACAUUCAACUACAACCCAGCCCAGCAGGCCUUCUAAGGCCCAACCAGUCCAAAGGCCGCAGCUGUUCCUGUACACGACACCGUUGUCCAGGAGGGACGAGGAGGUCCACACAGCUUGGUUUUUUUUAUUCCUCGAGGAUUUGGCUCUUUGACUGUAGGGGUCAUCACCACCAUUAAAACUGCCCUGCAUUUUCAAAUUUACAAGCUGCCCCAAAACACCAACGAAUGUUUUGUUUUUAUUCUUCAUGUUCCUCCUGUUUUUGUUUUUUGUUUUUUUUUCCUCCUCUCUUGUUUUGAGCAGGGUCUGUGUUAUGUUUACGUCUCUGAAUCUGAAGCCUGUUUUUUCUCUGAAAGGAGGACUGACCUUGUGGCACAGGGCAGUGACAGAACAAAGGUUAUUCUUUGUAUUUAUACCAAGUGUUAACUGAAUUAAAGACGGGGAAAAGAAACGUUGACAUCCUAGGAAGCAAGUUAAAGGGUGAAAGAAAUGCAAUGUUUAUUGUUGCACUAUAUUUAGUAAUAAAAGAACACAAAAUUU